GUAAAGAGAUGGAUUCCCACUGGCCUGAGGUCAGUCUGCUGGUCAUCAUCUCGCUGAAGAGAGACACACGUCUUCAAGAUGAGGACUGCUGGGCUGCUGCUUGUUGUCGGACUGUGUGUGUUCAGCUUCACGUCUUCCCUGAAAAUCUGCGCUUUCAAUGUUCAGACUUUUGGUGAAUCAAAGGCAAACAACAAGAGGGUCAUUGGUGUUCUACUGAAGAUUCUCUCUCGGUGCGAUUUGUGCCUCAUUCAGGAGGUUCGAGACUCUAAAGGAGAGGCAAUAAAAGCUUUGGUGAAGGAUCUUAACAGAUUUGACAAAUCCAACUUCUAUUCCUAUGUGGAAAGUGAAAGACUUGGGAGGAAGAGCUACAAAGAGCAAUAUGUCUACAUUUACAGGAAUAAUAUGCUAAAAGUCAAGGAGCACUUUCAGCAUCCUAAACUGGAGGGAGAGGGAACCAAUGAGACUGAUGUCUUCUCCAGAGAGCCUUUUGUCAUCCAUGUUCACUCCCCCACUACAUUGGUGAAGGAUUUUGUCCUAAUUGGGCAACACACUUGUCCUAAAACAGCCAUGAAGGAGAUUGAUGAGCUCUACAAUGUUGUCAAACGGAUUCACCAGAAGUGGAAAAUUGACAAUGUGAUCAUCUUGGGGGACCUAAAUGCAGGCUGCAGCUAUGUCACCAUUAAAGGGUGGAAGGCUGUGCGCCUGAGGAAUGACCCCAAAUUUCAUUGGCUGAUUGGAGACAAUCAAGACACGACUGUCAGAGAGACAACGCGGUGCGCCUACGACAGGAUCAUUGUGCACGGACGGGAGAUUAUGUCUGGUGUAGUUCCUGGUUCAGCUCAAGCAUUUAACUUUAAGGAGAAUUUCCACCUCACAGAGAAAGAGGCUCUUGAGGUAAGUGACCAUUUUCCUGUGGAAGUUGACCUGAAGCCCACUCAUCGCUACCUCCUCCGGAACGAGCUGUAGAUUACAGCAGAACACCUUUAACAAGACAUCUUUUAAAUUAAAACUGUAAUUUUAGCUUGUUUUUCAUAAAAUAAAACAAUCAACAGAA